AUGACCACCACUUUAGUAGAAAGUAUUCCAAGUCUUCAGCAAGCCACCGCGACUCUUCGUCUAAGUGGCGGAGAAGAGCCACCGGCGCAACCUGAGAAAAAGGUCAACAAGGUCCCUCCUCCCGAUUACAAGUACAAGAGGUUUUUACCGACUUUCGAUCGAGAGACAAAGUACGAUCCGCUCACUCCGUUCGAGCACCAUGAUCCAGGAUUGGAUGCGUUGAAACACGAAAAUCCAAGGGAGUUUCUAGAUGGUGCCACUGUCACUUCUCUAUCUCCAAAUUUCGGUUCUGAGGUCGAAGGUAUACAGUUGAGCAAGUUGGAUGCUAGAGGCAAGAGUCAACUCGCUCUGUUUGUCGCUCAACGAGGUGUCGUUGCCUUCCGAGACCAGGAUUUCAUUGACCAAUCGCCCGAAUGGCAGUUGAACGAGUGGGGCAAAACAUUCGGUAGAUUACAUGUUCACCCUACCUCGGGUGCACCCGAGGGUUAUCCAGAAUUCCACUUGGUCUAUCGAGAUGCAGCACCCAAGAAGGGUCUCCCAUCUUACAAUCCCAACAAGCUCUCCAGUACCGGUUGGCACUCUGAUGUAACUUACGAAGAACAACCUCCAGGGUUGACCACCUUGUUUUUGUACGAUUCACCUGCCUCAGGUGGAGAUACCGGAUAUGUCUCGCAAGUUGAGGCGUACAAGCGACUCUCUCCACCAUUCCAACAAUUCCUCGAAACCUUGUCAGUCGUCCAUUCCGGAGUCGCCCAAGCAGACUUCAGCAGAGCAGGUAACAGAGGCGGUGUAGUCAGACGAGAACCUGUCGAAAAUGUCCAUCCACUCGUAAGGAAACAUCCAGUUACUGGCGAAAAGGCUUUGUUCGUGAAUAAACAAUUCUCGAGAUAUAUUGUUGGUCUCAAAUCUGAAGAAUCAGACGCUAUCUUGGAGUUACUAUACACCCACAUCGCUCAAGGCCACGAUUUCCAGAUCAGAGCUAAAUGGAAGCCUAAGACUGUCGUGUUAUGGGACAACCGAAUUACUGCUCAUACAGCUAUCGGGGACUACUCACCUGAAAGGGACGGUUUCAGACACGGAUCCAGAAUCACUCCCCAAGCGGAACGGCCUUUCCUUUGA